AUGAAGCAGAUCAAUACCAUCGCUCACCUCACAACUCUCCUUUCCCUCACUGCGAAGAUAGCUGCCCACGGCCAUGUGAGCAAUAUUGUCAUCAAUGGUGUCUCCUACCGUGGCUGGGACAUCAACUCGGAUCCCUACAAUUCAGAUCCUCCUGUGGUAGUCGCAUGGCAGACACCGAACACUGCCAACGGAUUCAUUACGCCUGACGAAUAUGACACGGACGACAUUAUCUGUCACCUGGAUGCCACUAAUGCCGAGGGGCAUGCCGUUAUUGCUGCAGGAGACAAGAUCAGCAUUCAAUGGACCACUUGGCCUGACACUCACCAUGGACCGGUCAUAAGUUAUCUUGCAAACUGUGGCUCGAGCUGCGAGACUGUUGACAAGACGACUCUUGAGUUCUUCAAGAUUGAUGGUGUUGGCCUUGUUGAUGACUCGACUGUGCCUGGCACUUGGGGAGAUGACCAGUUGAUUGCAGACAACAAUACAUGGCUGGUCGAGAUCCCACCAGACAUUGCCCCCGGAUAUUAUGUUCUUCGCCACGAACUGAUUGCCUUGCAUGGGGCCAGCAGUGAGAAUGGGGCACAGAAUUAUCCCCAGUGUUUCAAUCUCCAAGUCACCGGGUCAGGUACUGCCGAGCCUUCCGGCGUACUCGGUACGGAGUUGUAUAGCCCGACAGACCCCGGAAUCCUUGUCAAUAUCUACCAGUCACUGUCCACUUACGAGGUGCCUGGCCCAACAUUGAUCCCGGAGGCAGUAUCUGUUGUGCAAUCGAGCUCGACCAUCACAGCAUCCGGAACACCCGUGACUGGGACCGCCGCGUCCACCGCGACAUCAUGA